AACCGAAAGAUAGCGCGAUUUUUUUGCCAUCAGUGAUUGGUGGUUGGAAUCAAAACUUGAGGCCACGCCUUGUCCACGUGUGACGUACGCGACGUUACACGGAAGUAACGACGUGAACGUCAUCAACUGAAGAUACCGGAGAUUCCCGUGAAAAAGGUCGAACUUUGUUAGACUACAGUGAUUAUUUUAUAAGGUGUCCCACAUUAAGUGCCAGUUGAGAGCGUGAAGUCCGUCAACAUGGACCUCUAAAAGUGUCAGGACUGCCAUGGAAGCGCCCGUCACAGCCUCCCCUCCUCCCUACUCCUCCACCCUGCCCGUGCCGCUGCCCCUACAUCCCGCUCUGGCCCCUUCGGUCCAGCUCGGCUUUACCAUCCUGUACACGGUGCUGUACGGCGGUCUCUUCCUGGUGGUGUACGCCCAACUCUGGCUUCUCUACUUCUACAGACACAAACGAUGGAGCUAUCAGAGCGUCUUUCUUUUCCUUUGCUUGCUCUGGGCUGCACUGCGCGCCACCUUGUUUUCGUUUUACUUUCGAAACGCGCUGGAGGCCAACCACCUCCCCGUGGCGGUCUACUGGCUGCUCUACUGCUUCCCUGUCUGCCUGCAGUUCUUCACUCUGAGCCUUAUCAACUUGUAUUUCACUCAGGUGCUACUAAAAGCCAGGGAGACUUACAGCUCAGAUGUAGAAAAACGACUGUGUAAAGCCCGCUGCAUGUAUGGGGCACUGAACGCCAUCUUCUUUUGCGUCAAUGUGAGCUGCGCCGCACUUGCAGGCCGUGGUGAAGGCACGGGGCCAGGCCAACGGACUUGGAAUCUGGUCCUGGUCCGGGUGCUUGUCAACGACUUGCUGUUCAUCCUGGAUGCAGUGUUGCUUGCUGUCCUGCUGCUGCUGCUGACGCGACACUCACGCUCCACAGGCCCUUACCUGACCAGCAAGGGGACCACAGUGUGCCGCACAGCAGCACUCGGCGCCACAAUCAUCUUGCUGUUUGCCAGCCGGGCUUGCUACAACCUGAGCGUACUGGUUCUGUCUCAGCACCACCAUGUCGAGUCUUUUGACUUUGACUGGUACAACGUCUCUGACCAGGCUGACCUGCAUCAAGAACUCGGCGACAGGGGCUACCUGGCCUUUGGCGUUAUCCUCUUCAUCUGGGAGCUGCUCCCAAGCAGUUUGCUCAUCCUCAUCUUCAGAGUUCGCCGGCCCUCUCAGGAGGUCAGCAACGUGGCUGUCAACAACAGGACCCUACCUCGGCCUUAUUUUUUUGAUGACCCCCAAGGCAACGAGGAGGAGGAAGCUCCUUCAUGGGCUUCAACCUACCAGCCUCACUCGAGCUGGUAUGGAUCGGAGACUGCUCCUCUCCUUUUUGCCAGCAACCCCCCAGAUCGAAGUCACCAGCAUCACACUUUCUACUCCACGCCCCAAAACUGACAAGCCAACAUGGGCAGGGAUUGCGGCGUUCUCGAUGGUAGUCAUCUCAAGGAAAAACCAACCGGUAGAACCUCCAUUUGUCUGGUCUGUGUAUAAUAAUUUUUUUUGCACUGUAAGCCUCAGGAAUUGUCACCAACAUUACAUAUGCACUUUUCUAGUGUUUUUAAUAACCAUAAAAAAACGAUUUUGUUGUCCCCUAAAGGGAACCAACUUGUCAGGGAAGAUGUAGAAUGCCAAACAUUGAGUCAGCACUCUCUGACAAGGUUCAACUUGGGUUUAGCUGCCUUGCGUCACUUUUGUAGAGGACAUCAACUACGGAAGUGGUUAAACACUGUAAAUAAGCGCUUACAUUUCCUGGAAAAGCGUCAUUAGCAUUCCUCUUUAGAAUGUAUAAGAGUGGGCUGGUCUGUCAUAACGGAAUGGAGACUCAUCCAUCACUGUUAGACAGAAACUGGGAGCAUUUCAUAACUGCACUCUUUGCUAUACCACAGGUUUGUAUUUUUUUUUAUAUUUUCCAUUUGAAAUUUUCCAGACUCUUCCUUUUUGAUUAUCCUGUAUUUUGAUGCAACUUUUACUGGUAAUUUAUUAAUUGUACUAACAGUUUUGCUGACAAUUGUAGAAAGUGAUUUCAAUACAGCUUUGACUGGAUCACAUUUGCUUUGUAAACAAUUAAAAUGUGCUUGUCCAGCCUGUUAA